AUGCACUUCUCUACCCUCCUCGCCGGCCUCGCCGCCUUCUCAGUGUCCUCAGCAGCACCCACGCCCGGAAGCUUCGUACCCUUUGGCAACCUCCCCUCCCAGUCCAGCACAGGCACAAGCAUCCUCGCCAAUCUCAACACGGUCCAAACCUCCAUACAGACGCUCAUCACUACCCUCAACAGCCUCGACUACACCAACGCGCUCAGCCUAGGCAACGUCGCCACGGUCCCCAAUGUCCUCCUAAACACCAUCGGCCUCCAAUCUGCCUCCUCAAGCGCCCUCCUCAACGCAAAGGCCCUAACCCUGCCCCUCAACGUGUCCGACUCGUCCGCCAUCGUCCAAAAGCUCACAAACGACAUCCUACCCGCCCUCAAGACGGCCACGGACUUGCUCACCAAGGCCAAGACGUCCGGCAUCCUCGCGUCCCUCAACCCGCUCGGACAGACCGACUACCUCAAGCUGAUCCAGGCCAACUUUGCUGGACUCGGCCCCGCACUGUCGAGUUACGUUGAUUCUUCUUCUCAACCCGGUCUCACCAGCAUUACCGCUACUCUCCAGAACCUUUUGCGCGCCACCGUUAACGUUUACACUACCUAA